AUGUCCAACUUAUAUCAAAGCUUGGGUCCUCAAGGUAGAGCAUUAUUGUUGCAGAAUGGCCCUGGAAUACCUGGGGGCACUCCUGAUACCAAUCUAUCACCACAAGAACUAGAUUUUCUUGUUAAUGAAUUAAGAAACCCUAAACCAGAUACUACAACCAAUAAGGUAUUGGGAUAUUUAUAUAAUUACAUUCCUUAUAUUAGACACGAACAUAAUUUACGACUUGUUAUUGCAAGUUUUUUAAAUUGCCCUGUUUGUUUUGGUGGUGAUUCUGACUUUGAAGAUAAUUAUUUAAUUGUAGAAGUUUUCAAGUUAAUCAUCGAUAAAAAAUUAAAGAUUUCAAUGCCAGUAAUAUCAAUCAAAGAAUUUUACACCCUCAUAUUGAAAGAAUUACAAAAUUUUCAACGUUACAAUCCGAUAAUGAAUAGUUGGAAAAUUUUACCCAUAAUCACCGGAAUAUUAUUAUCUAAUGGAUUGCGUGAUCAAUUGUAUACUGAAGUCAAUUUUAUUGAAUAUAAAUGGUUUUUUGCAAAUUUGGAUAAAGAAAUCUAUCAAUUGUUUAAUAAUGCAUUACCUUAUAGCUUAUCUCAAAGUCUUGAUAAUAAUAUCAAUUAUUUAAGUUUGAUGAGUUUAGCCUUGGUAUUUAAGAAUAGUCAAAGGCAUUACAAGAAUUCCAGCGAUACUGUUGUUCACACCAAGAACAUCAGUAGCGUAUUUAUGAUACAGAAGUUGACUGAAAUGAUAUUUCUUGAUCGUAAUGUAUCGAUGUUGGUGUAUCGAAAAUUUUUCCAAUUGAAUCCUCAUAACGAAAAUAGCGAAUCAAUUAUACUGAAUGAAAUUAUGAGUAAACCAGUGGUUAAACAUUUGAAUAAAAUUUCAUUUUUACUUGAGCAUUAUUUUUCAACAUUAGAUUUUACUCAAUUAAAUGACCAAGCUAUUAGCGAAAGUUUGAUUAUAAUGACCAAUUUCAACAAACAAUUGAAUCAUGAAACUAACGAUCAUUCAGUUUUCAAUAAUUUUAAUAAUACACCUGAAUCAGGAACAAAUAAUAAUCCAUUGGUACAGAAUUUUCGGUUUAUUAUGAAAAAUUUAUUGUUUUCGCAAAUAAUUAUAUUUCAAGGUGUUUUAAGUCGAUUUUUAACUGCUAAUAGUAGACUAUUGACCAAUAAAACUUUUUUUUGGUUUUCUCAAAGGAAUUAUUAUGGUAAUCGAGUAGACAAUAAUAAGAAUAUUGAAUAUCAAUAUAGGGAUAUUUCAUUACAAAUUAUGACCAAUUUGUAUUAUAUUAAUUUUAUUUUAUUAUCUAUUGGACAGGGUGGAUUUGAUAAUUAUAAUUUUGUUUAUUAUUUAACCAUCGAAUUGGCACUUACCACGGGGAUCAGAUUUGAAAAAUUAACAUUAUAUUUAAUGAGUAAUUAUCAAGAAGUCAAUAUGUAUCCCGAUGUGUUAAAUUCAAAUUAUAUCGACACUUCUAAAAUAUUAUUUGUGUUGGGAGUAUGGGAAAACUAUUUUCAACAAUUGAAUCGUCUUUCUCAUCAACGGUCACAAGAUAUUUUUAAUAAAGAGAUUUACAAUAUUGUGAUUAAUUUGGUUGACGCUAAAAAGUAUACUAAUAAUGAUUUAUUGGAAGCUAGUCAUUCGGUAUUGCUAUUUUAUUUUGCCAAUAACAGUAAAGUCAAUUUAAAUGAUGUUAUGCGAUAUAUUGAGUUGGUGCUUGAACAAUUCCCGCAAAGAAUAUCAGCAACCCAAUUGAGUAUUGCUAUUGAGACUAUUGGUAAGAAAAUUUUAUCUAACCCCAUUACUUAUAACGAUAGAGAGAAAACUGUUUUCAUUAAUUCGGCAGAGAAAUUUUUUAUAUUUUUAUUAAACAAAUAUUCUAGAAUUGAACCAGGGGUUCCAAUUAAAGUCAAAUCAAUUACUUUGGUGGCAUCCACAGAGGAGAGCAAUGUGUCAUUUACAUCAGCUCAACCAGUCAAUGAGAUUGAAGCACAUGCUACUUUGAAUACAUUAGAACAAGAGGGGAAAUUGGCCAAUGAUAUUAUUGAUGAGAAUAAAGCCAAAGCGCCAUCAAAGAAAGUUAUUAAAAAGUAUUUACCUGAUCUUGUUGGGAAGGCCAAUUCUGACAAUCAUCCAUUUGAGUUUUUUGAUAAUCGAUUAACACCAGAAACAGCAAGAGAAGCAACUAUAGUUUCAUUGAUUAAUUUGGUUCCAUACUUUCCAUUGUCAGUAUUUAUUCUGUGGUUAAACCAGGUUUGGGAUUUGAUUGUUCGAAGCGAUUCAAAAGAACAACAGUUUUUAUUCAAUAUGUUAUGGAAAGUUAUUAGUGAAAGUUUAGAUAUAAAUCGAGGAGAUUUAGCAAUUAGAUGGUGGUAUGAGGAGAAACAAUUCACCGAUAAACAUCAAAAGUUUGCUGGUAAGUUUUGA